ACCCUAGAAACACAAAAAAAAUCCCACCGGUCAGUGGAUCGUCGCGCCUCUUAUCAAGUACCAAACUCCUUCUGUCUCCUUCCUUCUCUGCCCCUCUGUAUCAACCAACUCUACUCCUCCCUGCUUCUCCCGUUCUGUCCAAACGAGAGAACUCCACUCUCACACAAACCCUAGAAGCGAACCCGACCAAGCUGUAGAGGCAAUUCCGAUCCAAGCCGCGGCUGAUUUGGGGCUGUCCGCUGCUGUUUCUGGCGCAAGAUUUGGGAUCUGCGCGAUGUCUUGGGCCGGACCCGACGAGAUCCUCCUCUCCACCUCCCUGGCCGGCUUCUUAGACAAGAAACUCAUUGUCCUACUAAGAGAUGGACGGAAGCUGCUUGGCACCCUCUGCUCAUUUGAUCAGUUUGCAAAUGUUGUUCUUCAAGGUGCUUGUGAACGAGUAAUUGUAGGGGAACAAUAUUGUGAUGUUCCUCUUGGUCUGUACGUGAUCCGGGGAGAGAAUGUUGUUUUAAUUGGAGAAUUGAUCUGCUAUUGCAUUGAGCAGGAUCGUGAGAAGGAUGAACUCCCUGCUCAGAUGACCUGUGUUUCAGAAGCAGAAAUAAGAAAGGUGGUUCUCUCAUUGCAUGGAAGACUAAAAAGCAGAUCGCAGUUUCUCGUUCUAGUGCAGAGGCUGAGUUACAAACCAUGACACUGUUGACAACAGAGCUCAAUUGGUUACGGUGGUUACUCGAGAAUUUUGGUGUUUCUUCUCCUACACCUACUCAUCUUUACUCAGACAGUAUAGGUGCUAUCAGUAUUGCUCGGAUCCGGUGAAGCAUGAGCUCACUAAGCAUAUUGGUGUUGAUGCUUCUUACACACAGACACAUGUACAGGAUGUGGUUAUUGCUCUUCAGUAUCUUCCUUCCGAGCUUCAGUUGACCGAUUUCUUCACGAAGGCAUAGAGUACAACUCAACACAUGUUUUAUCUCUCUAAACUUAGUGUGGUUAAUUCCACAUGAGUUUGAGGUGGGUGUUAGAGAUAUAUAUUGCUUUGUGUAAUAUCCCCAGACUAUAAGGAGCUUCUUGUACAUUGUCACCUGUAUAUGUGUAUAUGUUCUGGCCUAGGAUCUCUAGGAAAUACAAGUUGCUGUUCCAGGCUCACUCACGUCUUAACAAACAUAUGUGCUUGGCACCUUGGCUUACUUGUACGCUUAGACAGGAACCUGACUCCUUGAACUUGUUAUUCUAACUUUGCAACUAAUAAUAUGUUCCCAUCC